CAGAUAAUCAAGAGCCCGUCCAAGUACAUACUGUACUGUAGGCCACGAUGCCCAUGAACAGUCGGCAGUACGAGGAGCGCAUCAACAAGCUGGAGGCGGCACUAGAAAUGGCUCGCUUGCGAUAUCAAUCGCAAUCUGGCCGCAUGAAGACGUUUGAGGACGAGAACAAGACCCUCAAGCAAGACAUUGCCGCCGAACGAGCCGAGCUGGAAGCCAUCUUGAACAACCGUCAAGUGAACACAUUGCUGGACCAGUUGAAGGAAGAGCGCACGCAACGUCUCGUGGAGAUGGAAGCUUCGCAUAUUCGAGAGCGGGAGAUGCAAGCGUUGUCGAGCGAAGCCGCGGUGGCGACAAAAGGCGCGCUACUAGCGCAUGAAGAAGCCGCGGGGAAACGGGCCGAAGUGAAUGGCCUGCGUGCGUCCAUCCGCGUGAGCACCAAGUUGCUGCACAUUGCCGAGCACGAUUUCCACACUACCCACGCCGAAUUGGAAGCCACACAACUGCAACUGCUCGACACGAGACGAAAACUCAUGCAAAAGACCGACGAAGUGAACGUGUGGACUGACCGGUACAACCAAGCGAUGAUCGAUCUGCACAUGGCCCAAAUGAAACUCACCCAAGUGUCCGUUGGGGCCAGUGCCAAAGAGUCUGCGCUGAUGCGAGGCUACGGAAUUGUACUUGCAGAAGCAGCAGGCGAGCCCGUGAGCAUCCAACGCCAGCCAUUUUUGUGUGCCAAAGGCGGUACACCCAAAGCACCUGUCGAAUAUGCUCACGAUUCAUUUUAGGCACGGCAAAGUUCAACGGCGCAAAAGCUGACCGGGCUAUGGCGCGGCAUAAUCUGCAGAUGGCACGAAGUGAAUCGAUACCGGCAUUGGGAACAAACUCACAAGGAGGACACCGGCGGCGGCGGCAAGUUGACCGGAUUCCGUUACCGCCAUGUACAAACGAUGCAGUCGAUGUCGGGACUCCCCAGUCUGCUCCCGCCACACUCGAACAACCCAAGCCUCGGGAGAAAAGGGAAGCGCAACGCAUUCAAAGCACUCGUGACACGCAAGGGUCCAAGUAUCUCGGGUAUGGGCUCGGGAUGCUGAAGAAGGACAACGUUGUAGCUGACCAUCGACAGAACACUGUCACAUGACUCUGUUAUCAAUGAUACCGUGCAUGAGAAUCCAAUGAAUAAGGUGGGAAGGAUGACGACUUUCAAUCUGACGACACAAGGCGGCGUACGGUGCUGUCUCCACUCGCUUGGGCGACCCUAACGAAUCGCUUGACAGUCGCCAACACGUCGCCCUUGGCUCGAAACACAUUC